UCUGAGUGGUCGGGAUUUGUAUCCGGGGUCAAGGUCACGGUGGUCGCUGCGGUAGCCGGUUUUAAAUCGGUCGCUGCGUGUGUCUCGGGACUUGUUGCAGAGAAUUAAAUAAAUCCAGCUUCAUCAAAACUGCUUCUGAGGAAUGAGGUGAGGGAUAUGAAGAGCUGCAGGUGAAUGGAGACACUGAAGUGGAAUGGCAAAUGAUGCAGCCUGUGUUAUACACAUACUUCAGGAGUUCCUGUUCAUGGAGAGUGCGAAUUGCUCUGGCUUUCAAGGGAGUCGCAUAUGACCAGGUAGCUGUCAAUCUGAUCAAAGACGGAGGCCAGCAGCAUGUUGAUUCAUUCAAGACCAUCAAUCCCAUGAAACAAGUUCCAGCUCUCGCUAUCGAUGGCAUUGUCCUCUCCCAGUCCCUGGCUAUAGUACAGUACCUGGAUGAGACUAGACCUGGUCCUCGGCUGCUCCCAGAGGAUGCCAAGAAACGUGCCCAAGUUCGGAUGAUUUCUGACCACAUCACCUCUGGAAUCCAACCUCUGCAGAACCUGCAUGUUUUGCAGAAGGUAGGAGAGGAGAAGAAGCUUGAAUGGGCUCAGCACUUCAUCAUUACUGGCCUCCAAGCCCUGGAGAGUCUCCUGCAAUACACGGCUGGGCAGUAUUGUGUUGGUGAUGAGGUGACAAUGGCUGAUCUGUGUCUGGUCCCACAAGUGUAUAAUGCUGUAAGGUUCAAAGUGGGCCUCACACAAUUCCCCACCAUUGUGAGGAUCAACACUGCCCUUCUGGAACUAGAUGCCUUCAAAGUCAGUCAUCCAUCUUGCCAGCCUGAUGCACCUCCUCAAUCCUGACCCCCAUUAGCAAGAGCAACAUCAGAUCAAACAGCUCCAGAUGAAACAAGAGAAUUUCUCACAUCAAUUGCUGGUUUAAUAGAACGAGCUCCUUGGACUUUCAAAAUGAUUAAUUAAAAAUUAUUUUUGUUGAAGUA